UUCACAUUCACGUCGACCUUUGGUGGCGCGAAGUUUCCAUUUAAUCCACAGAUCUUCGCGUGUACCUUCUACCAAUGCGCUGGUGCAUAUUGUCAAAAGAUGUACUUCUACAACAACUGUGUCAUCGGCGGUUGCUGCCCCAGCUGCACAGGAAUCUUCAAGGGCGCCAUUGGUUGAUAAGAUGAUCUUGGCAAUAGAUAAGAGUGUUCGCAGAUAUGGACGACUAAGCCUAAGUAAUGUCACGGAAGUCAUGGAGCAGAUUGAAAAAGAUGGGUCUGUGACAGACACCCAGAGUUUGCUGCUGAUACGGUGUAUGGGGACAACUUUACCAGAGAUCAGGCCUGAAGAGAGAACUGCCAUUGUCAAUCAGAUGUGGGACAAGAUGCUCUCUCUAGGAGCAACCUACAACACCCAGCAUUACAAUGCCUUGUUACGAGUGUACCUACAAAAUGAGCACAAAUUUUCACCAACUGAUUUUCUUGCCUCUAUGGACUCCAAUAAGGUUACACCCAAUAGAGUGACCUAUCAGAGGCUGGUGGCCAGAUACUGUCAGGAUGGGGACAUAAAAGGGCCAGGUAAAGCUUAUGGCUGUCUUCUCUGCAUGGCUUGA